AUGCACCACGAAAAAGAGUAGGCAGAUGUGUUGUAUGAGGUGUUGUCCUUUUCCAAUGAGGUUGAUGAAGUAUUCCUCCCUAUCCUCAUAAACAUAUUAAAAAAAGAGAGAAUUUAAGACUGCCUAAAAUUUCUCUCGUAAGAACAAAACAAAUUCCUUUUAGAAAUAGAAGGUUAAAAGGUAGAAAACUAAUCUCUGCUUGAGAAAGAAUAGACUCUUAAUGGAGAGAAGAACAUUAAGAUAAUAACAGAUGUCCUCAAAAAAGUUAUGGAUCAUGACUUCAAUACACAGAAUUAUUCAAUGGAUGAUUAUGAGGAAUUUAAAAAGGAUCUAAUCACAAAAGUAUCAAUGAAUAAGAAGAUAAUAGAAUUCCUAAAAUUUUUAGUUCAUCUGACUGCUUUAGACGAGACAUAUAUUUAAUGUGGAUCAAAUUCUCUUCAUUUGCUUUUAUUAAUGAAAGUGGAUUUGAGGGAAUAAAGUUUUGAGAAUAUCAGGAUAAGAAAUACCUCUUUAGAUGGUGGAAAUUUUGUAAGAUGCAUAUUCAAUGGAUCAGAAUUUGACAAUGUAAGUAUAAGUGGAAUGAACUUGAAUUAAGCAUAAAUGUUUAAUUGUAAUUGGAAGAAUAUCAAAAUACAUGAGUUAAAUAAAUUAGAUGGUCAUAGUAGAAGAGUCAAUUAGGUAUGCUUUUCUCCAGAUGGUAAGUCAUUAGCUUCUUGUGGUGAUGAUAAUAAGAUUAUAUUGUGGGAUGUUAAAACAGGAAAAAUAAAGUCUAAAAUCAAGGUAAAGGAAGUUGUAAAAUCAGUAUGCUUCUCACAUAAUGCAAGUACUUUAGCUUUCAGCAGUGGAAGGUUUGUAUAUUUAUGGAAUCUUAAAACAGGAAAAUAAAAAGCAAUAUUAGAUGGUCAUUCUGAAAUAAUUAUCAAUUUGUUAUUCUCCUGAUGGCACUACAUUAGCAUCUGGUAGUAGGGAUAACUCAAUCCGUUUAUGGGAUAUUAAGACAGGAUAAUAAAAAGCCAAAUUAGAUGGUCAUUCAUCAAGAGUUAAUUCAAUUUGUUACUCUCCUGAUGGUACUACAUUAGCAUCCGGUAGUUGGGAUAAUUCUAUCCGUUUAUGGGAUGUUUAGACAGGGUAAUAAAAAGCCUAAUUAGUUGGUCAUUCAAAUGCAGUUCUGUCAAUUUGUUACUCUCCUGAUGGAAAUACAUUAGCAUCUGGUAGUUCAGAUAACUCUAUUCGUCUUUGGAAUGUAAAAACAUCAAAGGAAAUACUUCAAUCAGAUAGUAACUAUAAAGAUUUACUUGCCUAGUUUAACAUACCUCUUCAGAAUGGCUCCUAAUUGCCAAGUGGUAUGUAUUAUUAAUUAUUAUUUAGUUAAUCCUUAUUGUACUAUACUUAAAAUAUGUUAGAAUCCUUUAUUUGAAGCAUCAGGAACACUUAUCCUAUAAGGACAAUUCAUGAAUUAUUAAGGGAUAGAUUUAAAACCAUUGUUUAAAUCAAUGGGUAGUUGCUUUUUAGAGGACUUAAAGCAUAAUUGA